AUGACUUCUCACAACAUCCAAGCUCCACCAAACGUACUUCUUGCUUUGGGAACGAUGGAGGAAAUGAUGGAUUACGAGGAAAGCGUAUCAAAAGCAAGAGCAUAUGUCCGAGAGGAACAUGUUCCCUUCCUUGAUUCAUGCUUUCGGAACUUGGACUCCUACAUCGCUUCCCACAAUCCGGAUAACUUCGCUCAUUUCACACGACUAUUCCCUUCUGAAUUCCAAGAUCUCCAUGAACUUGGCCCCUAUUUGCAACAUGAGCCAUUUCAUGUUACACCAAUCAGUGCCCAACGGAGGCUUUUCGUCUACUUGAGAUUUGUUGGACACGGCUACGCAUAUGGAGCUCUAGCAGAAGAGCUCAACAUAGGAAGGCAGACCGUGUCCGAUAUCGUCUCCGAAGUCACGGAUGCCAUCAAUACGGUACUAUUCGCCGAUGCAUUCCCAACGCCCACCCGUCAAGCACUUGAAGACUGUGCCAUGAAAACACAGCAGCGUUAUGAUUAUCCACGCGCUGUGGGUUUCAUGGACGGCAAACACAUAAAUGAGAACGACCGAUCUUACUUUAAGAAGCCGAAAAAAUGCGGGCAGCACGUAUUGGAACUACAAAGGCUUCCACUCCAUCAUCCUCCUUGCUGUUUGCGACUGCGACUACCGUUUCACAGCCAUCGACUUUGGUGCGCCAGGACGAGCUGGAGACGCGGAGUGUUCCGGAACUCGGACAUCAAGACAUUCUACGAAGUUCGGGAUGACAUCUUCCCGGAAACAGAAGAGCUGAACGAUGUUGGACCAGUGCAGUACCACAUUCUGGUCGACGGUGGUUUCGCGCAGAGCCACCGAUACAUCAGACCGUUUCCGGAACCAAUGGCGACAACAGCUAGCAAACGUCGCUUCAGUGAGAAACUCAGCGGGUAG